GUGAGAACUUUGCUAAAGUACCUAAAACCUAAAACUCAUAUCUAUAAUUCUUUUUUGCUGUAAAAUGACUGCUCAUGUACUGUGCUUAACAUCUUCCGGAGGAAUACCAGUUUUUGUCCGAAAAAAAGGGGACGGUGAUAUGGUACAAUAAAUGAUUUUUAACCCAAAACUUCAUUGCAGUAUAAAAUCUAUAACGUUUUCGAAAAUGGCAUCGCUGAAUGGUGUGCACAUGUUUUUGAAGUCCCAGAACAUUGAGCUACUGUACACAGACAUGCCGGACACGAAUGUUGUCUGGAAAGAAUUCGAGGAUAGCAUAUUACUGAUAGCCAUAGCCAGCGGUACAACAAACAAUGUUCUAAACAGAUUUCUAGAAGCUGUUUUCAGUGCGAUGAUCCUCAUCGUCGGUAUAGAUGAAAUAAAAAAUCCAAGGAAUGUUGAGAGGCUAAAGCGAGACCUGCGUGUAUGCAAUCCAAUUAUUGACAGACUACUGGAGUGCUUAGACAUCGGAGAUCGGAUAUGCGCCAAGACUGACUUGGUUGAUAUGACUGACAGUAUUAUGAGUCCCGAGAAUCACUUACUGCAGAGCUGCCUUGAAGGGUACAUGGAAUGUCUGGAUUCUUUGUACGGCUGCCUUUUAGUGCAUGGCUGCUUGGCGGUUGCGACUGAGAGUUGGUGGUCUUUGGACCCAAUUGAAAGGAAAUUACUAAUAAUUGCAGCAACUUGUGAUGGAACUUGCACAGCGAGAGAUCUUCCAGUAUUCCUUCCAAAUAAGAGUCCGAAUGUCGCCUUCAGAUUGGUCUCUGUUACUCUGGUGAAUCACGUUGAAGUUCUAGCUUUGUGUGGACCAACACCCGAGUUGGCCGAAACGGAACGAUUGGCUAUUCAGAGUUGGCGGAGUAGUAUAGACAUUCUGCGAGCUGCCGAGCAAUGCUAUCCCAGAAAUUUUCCUGCCAGUGUAUCAUUGGAUUCUGAGAUAUUAGGAUUUUUGUUGGCUAAUCAUGUGAUAGGAAAAUUUGUUCUGAGUCGGAAUUCCCAAAACUCGAAGAACCGAGUCAGUGGAACACAUAGAUUGGAUAUUUUAAGAACAUUUUACUAUCAAGCUGUGGAAACAUUUUUGCUUUCCGGCCCGUCUUCGAAUCGAGAUACUGAAGAAAUCGACGAGUCGGUAAAGCCGUCGGAGUCGAAACACGGGCAGGUAUUCGAAGGUGCUAAAGAAACUUACUGGUGUUCAGAGUUUCACAAAUGUCAUGCUCUCAAAGAGGGCGAGUAUGUCUUUUGCGUAUUAUAUACGUCCAUAGUUCCUACACAUACGAUGAGACUUAUUUCCCAAAAAACUCUCAAAUCGCUCCUUGCUGAUAAACAAGUUUUUUGGUAGCAGUUUCUUGAAACUGUUUUUGUUUAAUUAUAUAAUGACAUCGAUUAUUCGACUACAACAUAUUAUACAGCUGUUAAUAUUUUUAUAAUAAUAAUUUCUGAAAAUAAGCCUAGUGAAUAAAUAGAAUUAUAUAGAUACUUGACCACAAUAGAACGUUACAUACUUGUAGUAUCAGAAAACUGGAGAAUAUAUUUUUGUAUGGAAAAAAACAUAAUUUUAUCUUAUAUAAUAAGAAUUAAAUUUUAUACCAAUAGAUCAAAAACAUAGUAUGAAAUUAGUUGUGACAGUG